AUGACUGACUAUACCUUAUCAGAAAGACCAACGAAGCGAGCCUAUCUGGGUCCAAAUACUAGCAUGGACGAAGACAUAACCGAGCAAUUCUUCCAAUAUACUACUGACCUUACUACUGACCUCACUGCUGACCCCUUCUCAGUUUCCAUGCAUUACUCGGCAAAUAAUGACAACGAUAAGAAUGCCGUCGCCGUGGAGCCAAACGGUACUGGUACUACCGUUAUUACCACCUCUCAAAAGGCUCUUGAUGAUGCCACAACUAAUUCACAAAAGGGCACCGAAGCAUCCGCAACAGUCCCUGACGAUAACAGCAAGGCUGAGCCAGCGAAUAAGGAGAUUGCCGUAGACCGCACUCGUGCUACUCCUGAACAACUCGCUAUUCUGGAAGAGACCUUCAAGACAAACACCUCACCAAAUAGCAAAGUCCGCGAAGCCCUAGCAGAAAAAGUAAACAUGUCUGAGCGCUCAAUUCAGAUAUGGUUCCAGAAUCGUAGAGCAAAGAUGAAGGCCAUGCAGAAGCGUGUUCACAUGAUGCGCGAGGAAAACAUGAAAGUCCAAUUUCUGUGCAUGCCCCAGUUUGGCAACUUGUAUCCGUUCCGCGUAGCUCCUAUGCACCCUCGCAUAGCCCUUCCUCCUCGUUCUUACAGCAACAGCGAUAUUAAUAUUUCUAAUGUCGGGAUAAACCCCACGUUACGUCCACAGCCUCCAGCCGGCUUGGGAAUAACUAUCCCACAAAUGCCUCAAAGUUUCUGGCCGUCAGGACCCAUGACUGCCCCUUUGACUAACAUGUCCUCGGACCCAAAUGUGAUGAGUGGGUUCCCCUUCUCGGCUGGUAACGUUCAGGCGAGAUUCCCUAUCACGCCUACUGCUAGUCCAAACGUCAGUGAUGUUAAUGCUUCGCAGCCUUUGCGGCUUGUCGUUAACCCCAGCAAUCCCGCCGGUGGGAUACCAAUGAAAAUGAAUGAUACCCCAAUCUCUGUUCAACCUCCUCAACAGUUCACAACUUCACAAGAGUUCACGUCUCCCUCACUUACACAGAUUUCCUGUGAAAUUUUAAUGAUCGGUUCAUGGCGUCGUAUUCUUAGCAUGCCACAAGACUUGUUAUGUUACUACACUCUCCCACAACGAGUUUUCACAUAUCAAAUCGCCAACGAAGGAUCCCGUUUCAAAAUGGAUUUCCCGCUCUCUGAAAUCACGUCAAUCGAAUACAGGUCGUUAGAUAACAACGCCUGCCAAGUAGCAAUCGAAGUCAAAGACCCACCUAGCUUUUACAUGGAACGUAAUGGUGCUUGGUCCAUGUGCAAAGACUUUACCGAAGGUAGUCAAGCUACUCGCCAUCUCAGACAUGUAUUGAAAGGACGGUCUGAGCUCAUGAAGAAGCAAAUUCUGAAAUUGGUUCAAGAUGAUCCCCAAAUUGCCAAAGUUGUCACAAUUGUCGAAGAACCCGGAAAUCUCAAUUACGCUACUGAAAAAGAUUCUCUCUCUGAUGAAGAAGUAACCAGUAUCAAUAUAAACACAAACAAACAGAUGCUCAACCGUACACGUCGCUGCGCUUCUGUUCCCGUUUCACCCGAACAGCCUGCAGCCGAUAGCGCUGUUCUUGCUACUGCUACACCUGCUAUGGCACAAAACCAUUUAGGUCUUCAGAUUAAUACAACAGAAUUUGCAUACAAACAAAGAAUGCGAGCAACGGGACAGGAUCCCGCAGUGGGCCCGAACGAUACUUCUCCGGUGACUUGCUCCCCACUGGACGGUAACUCUCCACCCACGCCUUUGGAUAUGUUCGAUACCACAUCAGAAAUGAUAGAUAAUUCUCCGCUUCUCGCUGAGGAUACGUUCAAUGUGACCCAAUUUGACAACAACAUGUUUAACGAUGACUUUUCCGCUACUUAUGUGAAUAACGGUGGCCUGCCAGAUGAUUUUGCUAGUCUGCUUGCCGCUGUUCAAAAUGGUUCUUCGGUUGGUGAACUCUUGGAUUUUGGCGAUGGUCUUGGUGGCGGCAAUGAUUGCAUGUCCGCUCUUGAUUCUUGGGUGAAUGGUAACGUUUACUGCUAA